GGUGGAUUUUGCCAACAGUCAUCACUUGACAGAAAGAACUUCUCGAAAUCUUUCGUUUUGAAAUAACUUCAAUUUUUGGCAGAAAAGUCUUUGACAAUCACUCGAAAACUCGAUCCUCAAAGACUAAUUAACAUGUCAAUCCUACCUUCAUCUGCCCAAAAAAAAAGUGCUCUUGAUGUUAGUUCCGUUCGGUGCCAAAAGUGCCUAGAAAUGGGCCACUGGACUUAUGAAUGUAAAGGAAAAAGAAAGCAUGUAGACAGACCAACUCGGACUGACCAACUGAAGAAAACGUUGAAGCAGAUAGAAACAGGAACAUUUGAGGAUAAAAAUGAAAUCACCAAGAAAACAAAAACAAGUAAAGAGAAAAAGCAAAGACGAAACUCAUCCAGUUCAUCUGACUCCUCAACAGAAGAUAGCGAAGAAUCAAGCAGUGAUUCAGGUAGCGAUGAUUCAGAUAGCAGCAGCACUGGAAGUGAGAGCACAAGCACUGAAUCGUCCUCAAGUAGUUCUGACUCCACGUCGUCAGAGGCAGAAGACGAUAAAAAAGAAAAAAACAGGAAAAAAGUUCGGAAGCAUUAGCUUCAUUCGCCUUUUCCAAUUUUGUGUGGUCAUUCUAACUUUUAAUUAGUCCGAUGUAAUUCUGGCGCAGUUGCUGAGAUCUGUACGAAACUUCAAUUUUCAAUUCUAGGUUAAUGACCGAGGAAAAAUGGCCAAUUUAAUUUUUACAAUAAGCAAUGAGUGAAAAUGAUUGCUCUGUGAUGACGGGUAAUACAUGAAAAUUUGUCCCCAUAA